AGAAUGGUUGUAUUGACUGUCUAUUUACUCACUCAUAUUUGUUUAUUUAUCCUGAAUAUCUCGAACUCACUGAAGCUGCGCACUUUUGUUUGAAAGGAGACGCGCGCGAACACAAGUUUAGCCUGUAACCAUAGCAACAGCCGGCUGCUCGUGCACGUGUCUGAAAUCAUCCUUAGUGUGCAUUAAUAUAAAAACAAAUAUAUUCAGCAUACUCUUUAUUUCCAGCACUGUUUCUGAAGAUGUCGUGCUUUAUUAACGGUAAUAUUUUGUUUUCGGUUAAUCACCAGGUUUAUAGCUCCGCUUUUAUUGAGCGCGUGUCUCUUUAAGAGUCGCGCUGCCGCUGCGUGGAUCCUUCAUGAAUGAAACCACGUGAUCAAACCAAAUCAUAUGACGUCUGGCUUCAGCGCGAGAGAAAGAGGAUCAACACGGUCACAAAUUCACCGAAAACAGCGACAAACUCCCGCAGAUCCGCUCUUUCCCCACCGGUGACCGUCACUGCUGCCCGGGACGCGCUCGAAACAGCGGGAUUCGGUGAGUGUGUGUGUGUGUGUGUUAUAUUUAGAGUGUGUGUAUGUGUCUCCUCUAGUCAGGCAGAGGUUACACAGCAACACACACACAUAUACACACACACACGCGGCUCCGCGGAUCUGAACGGUUGAACUGCUGCUUCAUCAGAACCGACGGCGCGGGAAGCGGAUCACCGGGUUCGAGAUCUGCGUGGCUUGGCAGCGGUUCCUCGUGGCAUGACGACCACUAAUAAAGGAAACAAGGCCUUGAAGGUGAAGAGGGAGCCCGGCGAGAACGGGACAAGUCUGACGGACGAUGAGCUGGUGUCGAUGUCGGUGCGCGAGCUCAACCAGCACCUCCGCGGCCUGUCCAAAGAGGAGAUCCUGCAGCUGAAGCAGCGGCGGCGGACGCUCAAGAACCGAGGCUACGCCGCUAGCUGCCGAGUCAAGCGCGUAACGCAGAAAGAGGAGCUGGAGCGCCAGAAGGCGGAGCUCCAGCAGGAGGUGGAGAAGCUGGCUUCAGAAAACGCCAGUAUGAAAGUGGAGCUGGACGCGCUGCGCUCCAAAUACGAGGCUCUGCAGAGCUUCGCCAGAACUGUGGCGCGAGGGCCUGUGGUGCCCGUGUCCACCGCAGCCGUGCCCGUGUCCCCCCGCGGGCCCCUGGCCUCCGUCAUCGGGCCCCUGAUCCCUGGCAAGGUGGGAGCCACCAGUGUGAUCACCAUAGUAAAGUCCAAGACCGACGCCAGGUCUUAGUAGCGCAUACAGUAGAAGGUUGGUCAGUGCACCAUAGAGCUGCAGCCAGGAAUGCAUGGAUUGUUUCUUACAUUUAUGGAAUCAAUCGCGAUUCUCUCUGGAAUAAAUUUUGAGGUGCAGAUAGUGAUCCAGGCUAGUUUUGGACAGCAGAUGGCGCUUUAGGCUAGUUUUAAAAGCAGAUGGCGCUCUAGGCUAGUUUUGGACAGCAGAUGGCGCUCUAGGCUAGUUUUGGACAGCAGAUAGGGCUCUAGGCUAGUGUUUAAUAGCAGACAGUGCUCUAGACUAUUUUUGGACAGCAGAUGGCGCUCUAGGCUAGUGUAUAACAGCAGCUGGCGCUUUAGGCUAGUUUUAGACAGCAAAUGGCGCUUUACGCUAGUGUUUAACAGCAGAUGGCGCUCUGAGGUAGUUUUGGACUGCAGAAAGUGCUCUAGGCUAGUGUUAAACAGCAGAGGGUGCUCUAGACUGGUUUUGGACAGCAGAUGGCGCUCAAGACUAGUUUUGGACAGCAGAUGGCGCUCUAGGCUAGAUUUUUACAGCAGGUGGCGCUCGAGACUAGUUUUGGACAGAAGAUAGUGCUUUAGGCUAGUUUUUUACAGCAGAUGGCGCUGUUGGCCAGUUUUUAACAGCAAAACACUUUUAAACCGCACACUAAAGCCUAGAGCGCCAUCUGUUGGUAAAAACUGAACUCAAAAUCUAUUCAAGACAGAAUCGCAAUGAAUUGGUAAGGUCUCAGACUCCGUGUCGAACGGUUUCUAGAUUGGCGAUGCCUGGAUUUCUGGAAGCAGCUCUAGUGCAUGAGGCUUCAGGUGUGGGAGGCGCUCUCGCAGGCCGAUGAACACCCAUUAAAACUCUCUAAUGUGGCUCACAAAACACGGAAAGCACAUCACGGAUGGUGAUUCACUUGGGCUUCCAAAACAUCUCCAAAUUACGAAAUGCGAAAAACAUGCAGCCAAAUUCUCUCUUGGUGGAUCUGUGUGUGUGCUGUGACAUUUGUAAUUUUGUACAAUUAUUGGCGACUUUGUAUUGUGUUUUUCACAUGGGGUCCAAGUGUUUUAUUUAUAUGUGAUCAUUCAGUGUUUACUGUACUUUUUAUACGGCGUUCGGUGUUUCUUUUCUCGUCGGAUAUAUACAUAUAUAUAUAUAUACUGUUUCGCCAUGUUUCCGUCCUUUUGUUUACGGACUGCAGGCACAAAACACUUUAAACCGUUCAGACUUCCAAACUCUUUUGGCGUGGAACUGGAGGAGCUUUCCAUGGUGGGAGAGCGUCAGCCAAUGAGAAGCUCCCUUUACCUGAGCCUCGUUUAUGCACUGACCAAUCACUGAGGGGCGUGAGGAGAGGAGGCGGAGUCGAAUCAGCUGAUGUUGUUCAUAUGGUAGCUAUAUCAGAAUCUGCCACCAGUUUAUGAGCUCCAGGCGUCCGCUUCAGGACAGGAGGUGCUUUUAUCGGCAAGGCAAUAACAUGUUGAUGUUAUGCGGCGGUUGUGACUUGUUUUUCUUUAUUGUCUUGAUGUGUGAGCUUCGCACAAGUCCCGUCGUCUUGAGAAUUGAAGAAUAUUUAUGUUCUGUGUUGGUUUUGUUUAUUUAUAUCUUUUUUUUACUUCUGCCUCUGAAAGUCGGACCGUCAGGUGACAUAAACUGGUGAAAUCUCACAAGCUUUACCAUAACUUUGUUGCUGUGACAUUGCGUAACGUAUUCUAAGAAUCUUUGUCUAUAUGGUGGAGUCUUGAAUUUUAUAAAGAAAAAAAACGACAGAG